AUGUUAAUAAUUAAAUCAAGCAUAAUGACCAACAUUAAUAACUCUUUAAAUUCUCUAUCAAACGAAGGAAUUAUUAGUAUUUCAGCCAAGAACUCCACUAGUACUACUGUACCAAAAUCUGAACAAAAUUUUUCAAAACCAUUUUGGAAUGUUUGUUAA